AUGCAGAUCGGCAGGACGGACUCAAAAACCCCUCAUCACUCACCCAUCGUCACAGACCCCCUCGGACCUCGAUCCACGAAAAGACGGAUCGGAAUCAUUUUGGCAACGUCGCGGCACGGUGCACAUGGUCUUUUUGUUCUCGGCUACUCCGACGGCGAGAGACGAAAACCGCACCGCCGACCCGCAUCAUCAUCCCCUCUAAGACUUGCUGGCAUCUAG